AUGAGCCACAGGGAUGGCUUCCUUUGCCACUCCUGGUCGACAUCUGAGAUCCCGGGCAGUGGAUCAUCAAGCCCUCGAUGGCUGUUGUCGCCACCGGGGCGGGCCGUGUGGACGACCGCGUACCGGCAGCACCGCUCGUGUCCGGCAAUGGGCCGUCGCCGUCGGACGCCCGCGUGUCAGCCGCGCGGCGAGCACAGAGGCCGUCCGGCGGCGUCCUGGGUUGCUGCGAUCCUGUACAGACGGUACGGCGGUCGGUACCCGCAUUCGUUGCCCCAAGAUGUCGGUGGUGAGAUCGGGCUGGGGUGCAUGGCAAUCCCGGUUGCUCGGUGCGAGACCGCACCGAGACCGAGCAGCUGCAAGCAACGACGUGAUCGCGUCGCGACCCGGACUGUCCCGCAUGGCCACCAAGGUCAACGCACGGUGGGUACAUCCACGCUGCCGUCCUUGAUGGCACUUCAGCGCGCGCGCCAUCGUCGGGUCGUCACGUUGCUGGACACCCAAAAUGAAAACGACGAGAAAAGAAAGGGCAAGGAAAUGUUCCGCCGCGCCCUUGGGCGAGACAUGAGAUCUCGCAUCACGUCGCACCGAAGAGGCUGCUGGGGCCAGGCGCACGUACGCGCAGGCGUGAGCGUGGGCUAG